GUAAGUUUCCUUGUGAAGUCGCAGUUAGCUUAGCAGCAAGAGGAUAUCACAGUAAACACAAGGUUGCUUCACCUGUGAGGGCCGUUUUGAGCAGUGCAACAUCUGGUCUGAGAAAACUUUCCGCUCUCGGUGUCUUUAAAAGGCCAGCUGGUCAGCUCAGGCAGGCAGAACAUCAGCACCACUGAUAACAAAGCAAACCCAGCAGCACAGCUUCUCUUCACUUGCCUUCUUCAGAACUUUUGUUUUUAAAUCACAAUCCAGAUGGAGUCCAAGAAGAACUGCAGCAUCAGCCAGAAGUGGACCAAGAAGAUGCCCAAAGGAGUAGAAUUGGAGAUUUCCCAUCAGCCCCCAUCCAUGAGGUGCGUCGCCAACCUGAUCAUCGCCAUCAAUAGGCUGAAGGCCGGCAUGUCAGAGUCGGUCCUGGGCCCCAACUUCAGCGACGAAGAGAGAUUCAUCUUUGAGAGAACUUCAGCUGUACCAGGCAAGUUUAUCAGGAGUAAAGUGUUUCCCUGCUCUGUGACGGACGGACAGAAAAGAAGCCUGGUUCUGGCCCGGAACAACAGGGAGCUUCUGGCAGUGAUGCUGCAGGGAGGGAACGAAUGCCGCAAAGUUUACCUGAACAUGGCGACUUACGUUCACCUGACUUUCAGCACUUGGCUGGGCCAGCCUGUGGUUCUGGGCAUCAAAAACUCUGACCUCUACCUGUCCUGCUACAAGGACGGCGACAAACCAACGCUGCAUCUGGAGAUAGUGAAGGACAAAGCGAGCCUCUCUGAGAUCAGCGCAAAGAGCAACAUGAUGCGCUUCCUGUUCUACAAACGCGACACGGGGCUGAACAUCAGCACUCUGAUGUCCGCUAACUGCCCCAACUGGUACAUCAGCACCGACCUCGACAACAACUGGCCCGUGACCAUGUGCCAGAAGUCCGCUUCCCGCUACACAACCUUCAUCAUCCAGCGGCAGAGCUGAACCCGGCCUGCAGGAGGCGCUCAUCAGCCGGAUCGCUGACAGCACAGCCACACUCUGCUGGAUGGAUGAGUGUGGAGUGAAAAUAGUCUCAAAAUAUCUGUGCGUGUAAAAGUAUCUGAGCGCGUGUAAUACAUGAUUUGUAAACCUUAAAAAUAAA